UAAGAAUUUCAGCCUUUCCCAGGGAGAGACUUUUUCAUAUAAUUUUACUGUUUAUGGAUAUCCUGAACCAGACAAAUUUAUAGUUUUCAAGACUAAGCAAGACUUAAACAAUGUUGAAGUAACUAAAUCUUCCAUGGAACCUCCUUAUGUGACUAUAAAACUUAGGAUUUUAAGCCUAACUCCGAAAGACUUUGAUACUUACAUUCUUGUCAUCUAUCAAAAUGAAACACAAAGCCUUAUAUUUGCAUUUACUAUUGAAGAAGUAGACCUAAAAGAUACAUCAAUCAAUGUGGCUGCCAUUGUUAGUGGAAGUAUUGCGGACUGUGUUGUGGUGAUAUUGAUUAUAGCUGUUAUAUUAGUAAGAAGAACAUAUGAAAUAAAAAUCAAGGUAAUACGUAGAUUAAAAGAAUCUGGACCUUCGACGAAAGACGCCACAACAUAUUCAGAAAUUUCAAUGUCACAACAAGAAAAUCAUAAUUAUGAAGUACCAACUCGCCACAGAAACGUGUACAACAACGUAGAAAUGGACACAACUACACAGUACGUGAAUGUCAAUGUUAAGCAAGACAUUAUGGUUUCAAAGGAUGACUCUUCUAUUAACUGCAAUACACCCAGUGAAAAUAUUCACAGUCCUGUGUAAAAAGUGUUCACAACAAAAGGAAUGAAUUAAAUGAGCCCGGUCUGCAAGAAAAGAAAUUGAUUUUUAUCGAUAGAAAGCUAAUCAUUGUUUCUUUGACUGAGAAAUUAAAUCUCUUUUGUUAUACUGAUUUAAGAAUAAAAUAGAAGAAUCUCCCAGAACAUGUUUGUUGAGUAACUGCCUAAAUAUUUCGAUGUCUACUCUACUAACAAUGCUCAAUAAAGUGAUAUCAACUGGC